CGGCGGCUCCUCGGCGGCUCGGCGGCGGGGCCGGGCCGCGGGCCACCAUGCUGGGCCUGGACGCGUGUGAGCUGGGGGCGCAGCUGCUGGAGCUGCUCCGGCUGGCGCUGUGCGCCCGAGUCCUCCUGACUGACAAGGAGAAGGGGCAGCUGCCGCCAGAUGAGGUGCUGGAUGAGGCCGUGCCGGAGUACCGGGCCCCGGGGAGGAAGAGCCUCCUGGAGAUCCAGCAGCUGGACCCGGACGACGAGAGCCUGGUCAAGUACAAGCGGGUGCUGCUGGGGCCUGAGCCGCCUGUCGUGGACCCAAGCCUGCCCAACGUGCAGGUGACCAGCCUGACACUGAUGUCUGAGCAGGCCCCAGGGCCCAUCACCAUGGACCUCACAGGGGAGUUGGCUGCGCUGAAAAACCAGGUGUUUGUCCUGAAGGAGGGUGUUGAUUACAAAGUGAAGAUUACCUUCAAGGUCAAUAAGGAGAUCGUCAGUGGCCUCAAGUGUCUGCAUCACACCUACCGCCAGGGCCUGCGAGUGGACAAAGCCGUCUACAUGGUGGGCAGCUAUGGUCCGAGCGCCCAGGAGUACGAGUUUGUGACUCCGUUGGAGGAGGCGCCCCGGGGCGCGCUGGUGCGGGGUGCCUACGUGGUCACGUCCUUCUUCACCGAUGACGACAGGACCCCCCACCUGUCCUGGGAGUGGGGCCUCCACAUCUGCCAGGACUGGGAGAGCUGAGCGCCCCCUGCCCCAGGGCUGUGUUCCCACUUGCAGUCCUGGUCUCCCCCACCUCUGUCAGUCGCUGCAAGGGACCCCUGACCAUUCCCCGGCCCCCUCAGUGGCCAGACCCCCCUGCCCUCUGUCCUGUCCCGGGAUGCCCCCUCCCCAGGCCUGGCACUGUGCCCUGAACAGUCCUAUUAAACGUUGCUCUGUCUCGGU